CAGUACACUUUUGUGCGGUGGACGAAAAGUUUAUAAUCACGGCGUAACAACAAAUAAUGCAAGCAACGUAAAGCGAAAUUAAGUUUUACUACAUACAUACAUAUACACAUAUGUACAUAUGUGUGUAUAUAAAAAAGAGUUUUCACGUGAAUACACAUACACAUAGAAAUGCAAAAUUAUUAGAAUCGCCAAAAUACAAAUCGCGCAAAACUGCCGGAAAUCAAUGUGAAAAAAUCGAAUGCGAAAUGCUAAGGAAUAUAACUAAAAUGCAGGAUACAUGCAGAUACUGGUGAUGUUAUCAGUGAUUUCGAGGAUUUCGUUUAAGAUAUGGGUUGACUUACAUAUACAAAUAAUAAGUACUUGUAUGUAUGUGGGUCGUGAACUUGCAAAGGACGUACACAUCGGUAUUACACGGCGCGUGGGAGGCACAGUAUACAAACAAAGGCCGCAAAAACUGGAGCAGCAGUAGAAAAAUAUGUAUAAAUGGGUGUAUAUCAAAAUAACUUUUAGUUGUUGCAAGUGCAACGACAAUGCAACGGAAGUAUUGUAAUUGCAAUUACGUUGUGACGUCUUAGACACAGAAAGUCGCCAUUGGCUGAAGUUGGGGUUAACUAUAAGAAGCUCAUACCACUGCGUGUUUGAAGUUAAAACCAUUUAGUACGUAUACUAUGUACUACCAAAGAUUAAUCACGUGAGGAGUGAAAACAUUAUGUACAUAAUCCUCCCAAUUUGACUGUGAUAAAAUGAAAAAGGGAAAUGCGUAAGAAAUUAAAUUGAUAUAGAAACCUGGAAACUGUGUUGACGGAAGAAAAAUGUUAAAAAUUAAAAAUCUAAUAUACAAAUAACUAAGAAUAGCCAAUAUAUCAAAGCUUUACAAUUCAAUUAUAAUCAGAUAAAACGCUAUUUAUGUAUAUCCAAAUGGAGCGGACAAGUCGUGAUAGACCGUGUGGGUGGCAAUUGCGCUGAGCAAGGAAUGGAGUGACAAAUAAAUCAUGUACUGAAAAUCUUUGUCGUCACAUGCUUAUAUCCAUAAGUUGAAAGCUUUAGCAAAAAGGAGUAGAUAAAAAGAAGCAUGUAACUACAUUUAAUCUAGUAGUUAUCACAGUGCUUUAGAUGUAAACAAAACACCAAUUUAUUAUUAACUAAGUUUUUUAAAUAACAACAAAACCAAUAAUUUAACUAAUUUUUAUAUUUAAAAAAUGUAAUAUAAGUAUUAGCUUAAAAUUCUUUGAAAUACUUGUUAUGCCGCAAUCCGUAUAAUACAUAUAAGUAAGAUCCUAGCAUGCAACAACAAAUAUAAAAUAUGAAGAUAAUCAUGUGACUGGUGUUUUUACUACCAAAACGUCGAAUAACAAAAAUACGAUAACAAAACAACAGACUGCAAGUUUAUAAUAAAAAUAAACUACAAACAUAAAUAUGUAACUUUAUAGGUACACCGUAUUUAAUUAUUGAAAAAUCAAAUCCCACUAUAAUAAUUAAUUAAUCAACAAUUAACCGACGACUUUACUUUGCAGUAGUUUAUGUAGCAUAUGCAAAUUAUGUAUAUGCAUAUAAAAAUUGAAAAAUUUAUACAUAUAUACCAAUAGUGUUAAAAUAAAAUACAUCGGCAUCAAUGCAAAUAGAAAUUGCUUUAAAAAAUCAGACAGUAGGUGAAUAAUGGAAAAUAUCUCUACAAAUUGUUAAAUUAUGGACCUGGGUGUGUAAAAUCGAUUUCCAAAAAUUUGUUAAAAAAUAAACAAAAAAAAAAAAAUAAAAAAUAAUAAUAACAACAAGUAUAAUAAAGCAGCAAAAAAUAAAGCACAAUUUGUAAUUACACUAAAUUAAUUACAAAAAAGAAGAAUUUAUAUACAUAAAAACAUUGUCUUUAAUACGCAGUUAAUAUAAAAUAUUAGGGAAUUUAAUGUGUAGUUUGAAAAUAUUAAAUCAAUACGCGGAAAUAGUAGAAAUUUAAACAAAAAUCAUAUACAUACAUAUAUAGUGUCGUGCAUACGAAAUAUACAAACUUGUUGAAAAUAUAGAAAAUUAUAUACCAGUAUAGGCAUAAGUGUGUGUGACAACGAUUUAUGAAUUUAUACCUAUGAAUACAUAUAGGAUAAUUAUAUAUGCUAAAAAUAAUGUAAUCGUAUGAGAAAAAACGCGAGUGGCCACGUAUUUAAAUAAAUAAUAGUAUCGAUUGUCACUAAAACUUCGAAAAAUUAAAUAGCACCAUAUAAAAUUUAAUGUUAAAUAUGAACAACGUAACGCGUGCAAAUAAAUACAAACAUACUCACAUACAAAAUUACAUUUAAAAACUUCAGUUAUUAAAAACAAUAAAAAGAUAAACAUUGCCAAACCACCGCCACUACUCCGAUAUUGCGUAGAGUCGGACAGGAAAGACAUAUGGACAAUCAAACUCUAAAAGCAGAAACGUCAUAACCUAACAUAUGGUCAUACCGAAUAAAUUUAACACAUGACGUGCAGCAAAGGCUCCCCAAAGCACACCCUUAGCUACUACAAUAAGUUGUGAAGUAAACCCACGCAAACACCAAUACUUGGAAAACAAACCUUUUGCAACAAAAACAAAAAAAUCAGGAAAAGUGUAUAAACAAAACUGAAUUGUUUCGUUGUACGGUAAAAAAGUGGAUGUGGGCGAGAGAAAAACGAAAGCGGCCACUGAUAGCAAUUGUGAUUUUAAUAAGACAGUGGAUAACUGUAAAAACACCAACCCCAUUUUUGUUCAACUAACUGUUAAUUAACAGCUGAGCGACUAUUAUUAUGUAAAAUACAUUUCUGUUAACGUGUUUGGAAAUUGAAAGCUCGCGAAAACUGAACUUUACAAAAGCUUUAAAACUCCCAUUAGCUUUUAUUUAACUAAGCAUUUCCUACAGCACUUUCAAAACUGUGCACCAAAAGCUAAUUGUAUUGUUGUUACGAAAAAAAACCUGUUGCUCAAACAAUAACUAGAAAUUACCGUUGAGUAUUAAAUAGUAUCCCACCAACACCCGUUAAAACAAGUCGUAGAAAUAACUAAUUAAUGUGAAACACCAAAAAUAUUAAAACAAAAAAUUAUUUAAAUAAGUAAUAUUCGUGUAAUGCCUAACCCCAACACUGCUUCCCAAGAAACAUCCUUUCACUACUACUACUUCGCUUUAUAUUUCGCGCACUACAAGGACUCGCUUGUUAUAAAUCGCGUGUGUGCCUAGUGUGUUAAUUGAAAAUGUCCCAUAUACCCGACGAUGCCAGCAGUAUGAGUGACGACGUUUUCGAAGAUCCCGAGACCACGCAACGCCGCCUAGAGGAGACGGCACGCUAUCGCGCCAACUAUGCAACCAGCGGCAGCGGUCUAGGUGGUGGUGGCAGUAGCGGUAUCGGUUCCAGUCUCGGCGGCAGCAGUAGCAAUGCUUACAGUACCGGCUAUCCGGGUUAUCGUCCACCGGUUAAGGCAUUGCAAAUGUACGCUCUUGAAGACGCCGUCUUUCAUGGUGAUGGUGAUGACGAUGAAUACGAAGAUGGUUGGCGUUCCUAUCGUUACGAUGAAGUGGGCAUGUACUGUCAACCGCCGCAACCUCCGUUCGAUGACACGGUCAAUCAUAAGACAAUAUUGCUUGGCGAUUCCGGUGUUGGUAAAACAUCAUUCCUGGUAAAGUACAAUACGGGCGAGUUUCGUUUAGGUUCCUUUUCUGCGACAGUCGGCAUCGCUUUAACGGUGAUUAUGUUGGGUGACUCUGGUGUUGGAAAAACUUGUCUGCUCAUACGAUUUUAUGAUGGAAAAUAUAUGCCACACUAUUAUAUAACUACAGUAGGCAUUGAUUAUCGGAACAAAGUUGUGGUUGUGGAUGGCACACGCGUCAAAUUGCAAAUUUGGGACACAGCUGGUCAGGAGCGAUUUCGCAGCGUCACACACACCUAUUAUCGCGAUGCCCACGCACUUCUACUCUUGUAUGACGUCACCAAUAAAACCACUUACGACAACAUUCGCGCUUGGCUGGGCGAGAUCAGAGAUUAUACUCAGGACGAUGUGGUGAUUGUGCUUAUUGGUAACAAGGCAGACUGCAGCAAUAGUGAACGACAAGUGAAACGUGAGGAUGGCGAACGUCUAGCACGUGAACACAAUGUCCCCUUUAUGGAAACAUCGGCAAAAACAGGAUUGAAUGUAGAACUUGCUUUCUCUGCUGUGGCCAGGCAAUUGAAGUGUCGCGGCACCGUCAAUGGCGAUGAUGGCAAAUUCAAUGUCCACGAUUACGUACGCGAUAAUACACAAGCACGCACAAUGUGUGCACAGUGCAAAUCGAUGUAGACACGGUGGUAACUGGGAAUUAUCACUAGUACAUACUUAAUUACUUGCCAAAAAAAGUUAUUAAUUAAAAGAAAAAAACUGAAAAAAUUAAAUGUAUAAAAUAAAUAUUCAAAGCUUUA